AUGGAUAUUGAUCCACCGUUCGAUGCGACUGCCUUAGGUCUGAAAGAGAUUGGGAACUUGGCCAGUUGGACAGUGAGCAGUUGCAAGCCGGGCUGUGGGGUCGAAGCAUUGAGGGACGAGGAUACAAGUUUGUUUUGGCAAUCAGAUGGUCCCCAACCCCAUCACUUAAACAUCCAUUUCUCACGGCUGGUCUGCAUCCGCGCAAUACGCAUAUACCUCGACUUUGACUCUGACGAAUCCUAUACACCUACUCGAAUUAUCCUUUGCGCAGGAACGGGCUACCAUGAUCUCAUUGCCUUCUCAACACUAGAAUUCACACAACCAAAAGGCUGGAUAGAUGUGGCCUUAGAUCAUGUUGGCGGAGGAGAAGAUGGGAAGACACUAAGAGCGUUCUUAGUCCAGUUAAGGGUCAUGGAGAAUCAUCAGAAUGGAAAGGAUACACAUAUUCGGGGCUUGAAGAUCUACGCCAGGGAUGAGAGAGCAGGAACUGGUGGGUUGGCCGUGCUGGGUGAUGCUGAGGAAAGAAAAGCAAUCGUGGCGAAGACGCAGGGUAAAAUGAUGGAGAGAGGCUUUCUCACCGAGCCGGAUUGGAUGGGCGAUCCGGAACUCAGAUGA